GGGUUUGGGGGUGGAGACUGUGCCCACAGAAGGGGCUCCGUCACGCGUCAAAUUUAAUCUGGACUGUAACGAUGGGGCUCCGGCGCAAAAACACCAAAGACUAGGUGUUUGUGAGUAUUUCAAACACUGGAAUGGAAGACCAGAGGAAGGAAUGAAGAGAUGCAGACAGAGAAAAAAGGAAGCAAAAAAAGGGCCGUUGACCUGUUACUGAUGGGAUCUUAACGAUUUCUGUUGCCUUAUAUUCGCUAAUGCCUCCAUGGAGCUCAUCCAGGCCACCCAGGUUUCCUUGCUGCCUCAGGAAGCCCCUCCAGCUACCUGGAGCAACAACUCCAUUCCCCCCUACUCCAAUUUCCUGCUCCUCUCCACUCCUUCUGAACCACUUCUCUACUUCACCCCGAGUGACAGCUCUUUCAUAUUAAACAGCACCUGCCAGAACUGCACCAAACCUGAACCUGAAUCCCUCCCUGGCCUGGCUGGAGUCUUCAUCCCUCUUAUCUACGGGAUAGUCUGUGUCGUUGGCCUUGUGGGCAACACUCUGGUCAUCCACGUUAUUGUCAAUUACACCAAGAAUGAGUCAGUCACAAACAUCUACAUCCUCAAUUUAGCCAUUGCAGAUGAGCUCUUCAUGCUGGGCCUGCCCUUUUUGGCGGUGCAGAACGCUCUGCUCUCUUGGCCCUUCGGCUCUCUAGUGUGCCGUGUGGUCAUGACAGUGGACGCCAUCAACCAGUUUACCAGCAUCUUCUGCCUGACUGUGAUGUCAGUGGACCGCUACCUGGCUGUGGUGCACCCCAUCCGCUCCUUCUGGUGGCGACGCCCCCGUGUGGCCAAGGCCAUCAGUGCCACAGUUUGGGCAGGGUCCUUUGUGGUGGUUCUGCCGGUGGUGGUGUUUGCCAACGUGCUGAAGGAUGAUGGGAACUGCAGCAUCGUGUGGCCUGAGCCAGCAGAAGUGUGGAAGACGUCUUUCAUAGUGUAUACGUGCACCGUGGGCUUUUUCUGCCCCCUGCUGGUCAUCUGCUUGUGCUACCUGCUGAUCGUCAUCAAGGUGCGCAGUGUUGGAAAACGGGCGCAGGCCACGUCCUCUCGGCGCAGGAAGUCGGAACGUAAAAUCACCAGGAUGGUGGUUGUCGUGGUGGCAGUGUUUGUCCUUUGCUGGCUACCAUUCUAUGCUCUGAAUAUCGUCAACCUCCUGGUGGUCCUGCCUGGAGACUUCAGGGGGCUCUACUUUUUUGUUGUUGUGCUGUCAUAUGCAAACAGCUGUGCCAACCCCAUACUGUACGGAUUUCUGUCUGACAACUUCAAGAGAGGCUUCAGGAAGGCCCUGUGCGGCACCUCACGUAGGGUGAAGAACAACGACAGGGCCGGCACUGAGGUACAACGACCGACAGAGGAGUGGGGCGGCAUUGUGCUCCAAACACAAAAAAGUGAAGGAGUCGCCAAUGUGCAUAGGAAAGACUGUGGUGAUAAAGAAGAAGAGGAGGAGGAAAUCAAUGGAACAGAAGGGGCCAUGCAGAUGAGUGAAAUAUGCAAAGCGUCACAAAAUGGUAAUAACAGUGGAGUGACAGAGGGCUCAAGGACACAGGUCGUGCAGAGAGGUAAGCCUGAGAUGGAGAGUGCCAAACAUGGAGAACUGGCUGGGAAAGGCCCAGGCUUUGAUCCUGCUGAGGCAGCGUCCUGUACGGCCAGUAAAAGUAGAAACAGCAGGCCACAACCUGAAGAAUUCCUGGACAAAAACUCUGUGCUUGAAAUCAGCUACCUGUAACAGCUGUUUUCAGAGGAGUUUGGUACAUGCCAUUUCAAGCUUUUCUCACAGACAUUUGAAACGGCUGUAAAUAUUACACACUGCGGAUUACAGAUUACAAGCUCAGUGUUAGAUCAUGUGCAGUGACUAUUUUACAAUGUGCAAAUCUUUGAAGUUGUGGUCAGAUCUUUUUUUCUUGGCUGAAAUACUAAUUUGCAUGAUGCCAUAUUCUACCAAUAUCAAUGCAACUGUUUUAGUCAUGGUGUGAGAAUGUAAAAAUAAUGUAGCUUUUAAAAAAUACAAAAAGCAGGCAUGAUGUUAACAAUGUUAAUCAAAUAACCUAAACGGUAGGAAGAACAAAUUUAAAUAUCUAAAACACUUGGGGAAAAAAACAUUAUGCCUUGGAAAAUGGCUGCAAGUAUUAUGAAGUACAGCAUGCAAUUAUUGUUACAAGUAGUUAAAGAUGUGCAGACAUACACAAUGAAUGUUCAUUCUUGAGAUUUAGAUUUUGUGAUGUUUUUUUCUUGAUAUUUUUGUCUCGAAUUCUCACUCUUGAUCCUGAGAGUGAGACUGUUUUGCCAACUGGUUUGGUAUGGUCCCUUUAAACUGACAAAAGCCCAGAUGUUUGACCAAGAGGGUCAUCGACGAUUGAUGUAACCCUGUAUAUUUAGGUUUGGGCUUCAGUCACUGUUAACUAAGUGAUCUUCUACAUCAAAGACCAUCAUUUUUCUAUAAUUAUUUUUUGCUGUCAUGUUGAAGCAAACUGUCACUUUUUAAAAAAAAUCAGGAACAUCUUGUUCUGAAAUGGCUAAUGCACUGUAUGAAUCAUAUCCCAGUGGGAAACAACACAACUAAUGACCCAUUAUGAAAUUAAAAAUGUAAACUAUGUGUAGUUUUACUGAAUUGGAUUUUGAAAACAGCCCACAAAGGUAAUUUACCUUUGUACUGCUUACAAACACAUUUAAGUGAUGUGUGUUAAGUGCUUUUGUUGAGUUUUUGUGUAACAACAUCCAUACUGUGCUCGGCUGAGCAUACAUACGUUGAGCUGGACAUCUUUUCUCCCUUCAAGGCUAACUGACAACAACACAUAAGAAUAGAAUAGAAAAUUGAUUAGUUAUGAUGGUUGAAAUAGUAGGGGUGUGUUUUGU